GCAUGUAACUACUUAUCUUCCUUGAACUUCUAUAUAUUCUUUAUCAAAACAAACGCCUAUCCACUAAUAAAGCCUAUAUUGGUAGUUAUUCUCAUAGCUGACUACUUCAAACAUCCCGUCAGGUCUACAUAUCUCGAGGUACAACGCGAUGGAUGAUAAUGAACCAUGGCCGACAGGAAACGAUUCGGCCGGGACCUCAGCAUUCAAGGUUGACUACCGGCGUGAUUCUAUGAGAAGCAGCCUUUUUUCAGACGUAGAAAUGGCUCGCAAUGAGGUUUUCGAUGGGCCAAUUUCCGAGAGUAUUCCAUCAAGUAUCGCUUCCUUCUCUCAUCGUCGGAAUCGAAAAGAUUCUACAGUCAGCUUUACCUAUUUUCAAGAAGAGGAAGAUUUCGUACAAUGGCCGAACGCAGAGGCAUUAGAUGCUGAAAGCGACGUCGAGGACUUAUCAUCCAUGAAUGGUGUUGAUGAAGUGAACUUAGAGUCAGCCAGAUCCUCGCUCGGGUCCAAAAGACCUUCCUUUUCCAGAGCCUCAGUUGAGGAACCUCUCCUUUCGCGACGCGUUUCUAAUAGUUCACAUUUCCGAGAUAAAAUGUCUGAUUCCAGGCUUAACCAGAAGAUCUAUAUCGCAUCAGAGGACCUAACUGUUGUUUUCGCUGGAUUCACUACUAGCACUUGUGGCUUUAUAGUUUACGUGACUUUCUGCAUUCUCACUUUUGGAUUCGCCUAUCUGCUAUUUCGAUGGUUACCGAGACUGAGAGUACGGCUGGUUGGCAAACCAACACCACUUCGCAAAUGCCAGUGGAUCGCAGUUGAAGACCAGUGGAAUCAAUUUGCCACUCACGGUGUUUCCAGUCAUUUGUACGGUCGUCCUAUUUCUACUGUCUUUGCUGACACCCAAUGCUAUUUGUAUGACGAAGACAACGACCCGGCUAUUUCUUCUUUACGAUAUAUCGACUACAGAUAUCUCCGGUUCUUCUACCACCCUCUAGAAGAUAAAUUUUGCUUGCUUAAUGGCUGGAAGGAUCAAACAUGGGAGAAUGUGAGAAUGAUGCGAGGCGGGUUAGACGCUGAUGAUCGCGACAGUCGAGAACAAAUAUUUGGCCCCAACAUUGUGGAUAUCAAGCAAAAGUCAGUGCCUCAGCUCUUGAUUGAUGAAGCCUUUCAUCCAUUUUAUAUAUUUCAGGUCGCCAGUCUUGUUCUUUGGUCGCUGGACGAAUAUUACUACUAUGCUGUUUGUAUAUUCCUCAUAUCGGCCUUCAGCAUCAGUGCUACUGUGAUCGAAACAAAAUCAACAAUGCGCCGGCUCAGAGAGAUGUCAUUAUUUGAAUGUGAUGUGCGUGUAUUAAGAAAUGGGUUUUGGAGAUCUGUCCCAUCUCAAGAGCUAGUUCCUGGGGAUGUUUUUGAGUUUUCCGACCCAUCCUUGAAUGAAGUCCCUUGUGACUGUCUUCUAUUAUCUGGAGACUGCAUUGUGAAUGAAAGCAUGCUCACUGGUGAAUCUGUUCCUGUAUCAAAGUCUCCUUUGACAGACGAUGCGCUCAACUAUCUUGAUCUAAGUGCUCCAUCAGUUCACCCUGAUGUUGCAAAACAUUUCCUUUUUAGUGGAACCAAGGUUAUUCGGGCCCGUCGGCCGCAAAAUGUCGAGGAUGAUGAAGGCAUUGCACUGGCGAUUGUGGUAAGAACCGGUUUCCUAACAACUAAAGGCGCGCUAGUCCGCUCCAUGCUUUUUCCAAAGCCAUCGGGUUUCAAGUUCUACCGAGACUCCUUUCGGUAUAUAUCUGUGAUGGCUUUCGUCGCAGUUUUGGGCUUCGCAGCGUCGUUUGCCAACUUCCUUAGACUCGGGCUAUCCUGGCAUUUGAUAAUUGUUAGGGCGCUUGAUUUGAUCACUAUUGUUGUGCCACCAGCUCUACCAGCUACGCUGACCAUAGGUACAAAUUUUGCCCUUUCAAGACUUAAGAAACAUAAAAUUUUUUGCAUCAGUCCGCAAAGGGUAAAUGUGGGGGGCAAGUUGGAUGCUAUCUGUUUUGAUAAAACGGGAACACUUACCGAAGACGGAUUGGACGUAUUGGGAGUGCGGACUGUGAAUCGUGACAUGAGAUUGUCGGAACUUUUAUCUGAGCCGAUGCCUGGGUGUUUUACAUUCUUGAAAUCCGCAGAUAACUCCCAAGAUCUCGAGAAGCGCCAAAGUAUAAUCUAUACCAUGGCUACGUGCCAUUCCUUGCGUGUUGUGGACGAUGAAUUGUUAGGCGAUCCUCUUGACGUGAAAAUGUUUCAAUUCACUGGAUGGUCAUAUGAAGAAGGCGGCGGUCGUGUGUCUGAGCAGCCAGGUUCUAAAUACGACACUAUCAUGCCGUCCAUAGCAAAGCCACCUAUCCCAGCAGCCCAUAUCACUAACCCUGAAGUAGAAGCCUCGGAUCCAUCAAUAGAGCUUGGAGUAUUGCGGAAUUUUGAAUUUCUUCCGCAACUUCGCCGCGCAAGUGUAAUAGUCAGACAAUUCGGCGAUGCUGGUGCAAGCUUUUAUGUGAAAGGCGCCCCUGAAAGCAUCAAAGCUAUUUGCCGCCCUGAAAGCUUACCGGUGGAUUACGAAGAUCGCCUGAGUCAAUACACUCACAAGGGAUAUCGUGUCAUUGCCUGCGCUGCCAAAUAUGAUCAGAAACUUAGCUGGAUGAAAGUUCAAAAGAUGACACGUGCAGAUGCAGAAUGUGAUCUGAAAUUCACUGGUUUCAUCAUAUUUGAGAAUAAAUUGAAACCAGAAACUACCGAUGUGAUAACAGAACUGAAUCAAGCAGGGAUACGGAAUAUCAUGUGUACAGGGGACAAUAUCUUGACUGCAGUCUCGGUUGCUCGCGAGUGUGGCUUGAUAGGCCCAGAUGAACCAUGUUUUAUACCACAUUUCGCAGAAGGUCAUUACAAUGACCCGGGAGCUUGUCUCUCUUGGGAAAAUGUCGACGAUUCGGCCCAUAAACUUGAUGGGAAUACACUUAUGCCUCUGCAAGAUCCAACGGUUGUUGAUCUAUCUGUACCUGGUAAUGUCUGUAAUUUGCACAAAUAUUCGCUUGCAGUCAGUGGAGAUGUAUUCCGAUGGCUGGUGGACUUUGGCGAUGAGCUAGUGCUCAAAAGGGUACUUGUACGUGGAAAAGUGUUUGCUCGCAUGUCACCUGAUGAGAAACAUGAGCUUGUAGAAAAGCUCCAGUCACUUGAUUACUGUUGUGGUUUCUGUGGUGAUGGUGCAAAUGACUGUGGUGCAUUGAAAGCUGCAGAUGUUGGUAUAUCUUUGUCUGAUGCUGAAGCAUCUGUAGCUGCACCAUUCACAAGCCGUCAUUUUGAAAUCUCCUGUGUCCCAGCUUUGAUUAAGGAGGGUCGAGCUGCUUUGGUAACCAGUUUUUGCUGCUUCAAAUACAUGAGCCUCUAUUCAGCGAUUCAGUUUUCUUCUGUCAGCUUCUUGUACACAUCAGCAUCAAAUCUUGGUGACUUUCAGUUUCUUUUCAUUGAUUUGGCUCUUAUAUUGCCUAUUGCGAUAUUCAUGGGCUGGACAGGUCCUGCUCCUGGGUUGUCUAGGAAGCGGCCAACUGCGGACCUCGUUUCACGAAAGGUCUUAACACCAUUACUCGGGCAAAUCAUGAUAUGUGUCUUGGCUCAGUUUACAAUCUAUAAAAUAGUCAAAAUACAGCCAUGGUUCGAACCCCCUCGUCUGGACUUAGAGAAGAGCAAUAUUGAAAACUCCGAAAACACUGCAUUAUUUUUGUUUUCAUGUUUCCAAUAUGUCUUAAUAAGUGUGGUCCUCAGUGUCGGGCCACCUUUUCGAGAGCCAAUGAGUUCAAACGCACCAUUCCUCUUCACGAUACUUGUGGAUAUGUGCCUUUCGAGCAGUAUGCUCUGGGGGCCGCCAAAAUUGGUCGUUCGGGUCAUGCAACUGACAUUUUUGUCAGGCAACUUUAAGAUAUGGUUACUUGUUUUGGCAAUUGGGAGCUUUUUACUGUCCUGGACAGCAGAAGUACAGCUUUUCCCUCGCUUUGCCCGCGUUUUGGGAAAGGUGUAUAUGCUGCUGCGACCAGGACACCACAAGCGGCGCCGUCAAUAUAAAGUGCUCCUCGAAGAUAUGUUGAUAUGAAAGCGGUUUAUGUCAAAUAAACCUACAUUCGAUAUGAAAUGGCAUUGAUAUAACAACCAAAUUGAAUACAAAUAGUAAUUCGUCUACACAGA